AAAGAGAUCUUAUUUUAAGUCAUUGAUGUAUUCAAGUGGAAGGAACUAGUUAUUUGGAAGUUUUUAUCAACAGUUGUAUGAAAACAUUGUUUCUUGUUCAGAUCUUACGUGGAGAUAAAGAGGUUAAUAUUGUCACGUCGUCACUAUCAAAUAACUGUUGCAGGUAUAUCACAAUGAAUUCUUCUAUUCUUGCUGCAAUUUUUCUACUUUCUCUCCUGAGUUUUGCUGUUGAAAGUCGAAAACUCGACCACAAUGAAUCUAGCACCGAUGGCACCCGAUGGGCGGUUCUGAUCGCUGGAUCAAAUGGUUACGAAAACUAUAGACAUCAGGCUGAUGUUUGCCAUGCAUAUCAAAUUCUGAAGAGUGGAGGAUUAAAGGAUGAAAAUAUAAUAGUUUUUAUGUAUGAUGAUAUUGCUUUUGCCAAAGAGAAUCCAACCCCUGGAAUUAUUAUCAAUAAACCAAAUGGCACUGAUGUUUACCAUGGAGUCCCCAAGGAUUAUACUGGUGAUAACGUUAGUGCCAACAAUUUUCUGGCUGUUAUUCUUGGAAACAAAACUGCUCUCACUGGGGGCAGUGGCAAGGUUGUAAAUAGUGGCCCAAAUGACCAUAUUUUUAUAUAUUAUGCUGACCAUGGUGCCCCUGGCCUUCUUGAAAUGCCUUGUGGUGGUAUUCUUUACGCAAAAGACCUGACUGAUGUAUUGCAGAAGAAAUAUGAAGCCAAAGCAUAUAAAAAAAUGGUAAUUUACGUUGAAGCGUGUGAGGCUGGGAGUAUGUUCGAAGGACUUCUUCCAAAAACUUGGAAUAUUUAUGUAAUGACAGCAUCAAAUUCAUCAGAAAGCAGCUGGGCUGCGUAUUGUCCUCAAUAUCCAGAUGAACAUAGUACUUGUUUGGGCGAUGUGUUCAGUGUUUCUUGGUUGGAAGACAGUGAGAAACAUGAUUUGCAGAUGGAAACCCUGGAGAAACAAUUUCGAGUGGUGAGAAAGAGAACAAGAGAUACUUAUAAAUUCAUGGGUUCUCAUGUAAUGAGAUAUGGAAGUGUAAAGGGAAUUCAAAAUGAUUCAGUCUCCACUUAUUUUGGAACAAAUCCGCAUAACUUCACUUUCAGGACUCAAACCUCUUCUUCUUUACCACCGAAAAUCCUAGUUCUUGACCAACGUGAUGCCGAUCUCAAUUAUCUUCAGCACAAGUUUAAUAAAGCACCUAAAGGUUCCAAUGAGAAGAUUGAGGCUCAAAAACGACUCAAUGAGAAAAUUUUUCAAAGACAACGAGAGGAUCUUAAUAUUCAACAAAUUUCAACAAUCUUAUUUGGCCCUAAAAAUGGACAAAAUAUGAUGCAAUAUGUUCGACCUAUUGGCCAACCUCUUGUCGACAAUUGGGAUUGCUUCAAAAUGCUUAUGGGACUUUAUGAAGAGCAUUGUGGAAGCUUUUCAACAUAUGGAAAGAAGUAUGCACGAGCAAUGGCAAAUAUGUGCAAUUAUGGGAUCAAUAAAGAGAGGAUGAUUAUGGCAUUAACCCAAGUUUGUAAACCAAAUUGAUUAAAAAUCAUUUACAUCAAAAACUAUUUCAGUAAUAAAUAUUUUGAUUUCUAAUUCAA